GCUUCUUCGCUCCUACUCUCAUCCUUGCUUUCCAAACGAAAUGUCUAGCAGAGCAGGCGGGCUCUACGGAGGCAUUCAGUUCUCCUCUGUGAAGGCAUUCAGCACUUCCGCUGGUCCACACGACGCUCAGGGGCCCACCGAUGCACCAGCCCACGACAGAGGCCUCGCGCCUUCCGCCUCGCCCUCAAGCGAACAAGUACCGCCGACCACCAGCGUGCCCGACACGGCGUCGAGCACUAAUGCUGCCACCGAUGGAAGCUCGGUGAAAGCCACAGCCGGAUGGUCUGCAAGCCUCGCCUUUGCACCCGUGCGCCGCAAUCCGGUCCAGAAAGCAAGGGCACCUGCGGCGCGGCUCCCUGUGGGCGCUGCGGUCGCCGCAACACAAGCGUCCUCCGCCGCCGCAUCGUCGACCGCAACCAUCUCAAGCACCGCCGUCGUCUUCGCCCCGCCGUCCCUUGUCGAACAAUCGAAGAUAGAAGAGGCGCCAGCGACCUCUCAGCCACAGGCUCAAGGUUGGGGCAAGAAGGUCAAGCCGCCGUCCAUGAUUCUCGACGAGGAUAUCAACGGAUUCAAGGCUCAGCGAGGUGAACGGCGUGGAGGCGGAAAGAAGAAAGGGCGAAAGAACAAGAACGCACCUGUCAUCGCUGUAUGGGACCCCUCGGAGGCCUACGACUCCAUGCGCCCCAAUGACUACAACGAAUAUAAGAACUGGAAGAGGCGGGAGCGCGAAGAAAGACGAGAACAGAUGAUAGCAGAAAGACGACGUGCGGAAGAGCGAAAACGAGUGCGGCGGAGCAGUAGCUAUUCCGACAGCUAUGGCAGCGGCUCUGAGGAUGAGCGGCCCCGUAAAGCAGGGCGAUUCGAGGAGCCGGAAGAAGACUACGAUGGUCCUCGCGGUCUAGGUAGUGCUGUCCCGCCCGUCCCGCCUCCAGUUGCGGUUGACGUCAACCUUACGGGUGACGAGGCCUAUCAGCGACGUCUUGCGAUGUCGAUGGGUAUUCGUCCACCAGCAGCACCAGCAGCACCAGCAGCCCUGGCACCUAUUUUAGCACCACCGGUGUCUGUAUUCACACCCCCGACACCUGCGUUCGCACCCCUGGUAACCGGAUUCACCCCGUCGGCCUCUAAUACGCCUCCGCCAGCAGCAACUCCGCCAACAAUACCAGUGUCCUCUAUUCCACCGCUCAGCCGUUCGGCCCCAUCGUUGGUUACAACAGACGACGACGAGAUCGACAUACCAGGUCUUAGUAUUCCGCCUUCUGUUCCAGUUUUUCAAGCUGUGGAUACCGGAGAAGAUGCCUUUCUUCGUCGUGCCGCGAUGUCACAAAUGGGUGCACAGCCAGGGCCGCUUUCUGAACCAGAACGUCCGUCGCCAUCGCUCGCCUAUAACCCCUUCGCUCCCCCUUCCUCUGUACCGCCGCCACCUGCACCUGUCCCAAUCGGGCUAUCUGAGGACAAGGUUCGCAGCAGCCGGGAGGCUGCCGCAGCGAUCGCCGCCAAACUACGCGCUUUGGCACCGCCUGCUGGGUCUACGGACCCUUCCUCCUCUGCAUCUCCGACGGUGGAGGAAGCUCUACAGAAAAGACCCGAUCCUCAUGGAUUUGCCGCACGUCUCAUGGCUAAAUGGGGACACAAAGAGGGCCAGGGCCUUGGUGCUGACGGUAGCGGGAUAGUGCAUGCCCUUACCGUCGAGCAAGUUGCGGGAGGCAAGGGCAAAGGCAAGGACGCCGGUAAACCUUCUGGUCCUGGAUCGAAGAUGGGGAAGAUCGUGAACCUCAAUGAGGACGCGAAGACUCGCGAAGAUCGUGAACGGUUCGGAGAGCCGAGUCGUGUUGUGGUGCUUACCAACAUGGUUGGCCCUGAAGACGUGGAAGAUGAGGAUCUCAGGGACGAUAUAGGCGGCGAGUGCUCCAAGAAUGGCACAGUCGAGCGAGUAAUCGUGCACCCCGUGUAUCCUUCUCCGGACGACCCCGAUGAUGCAGUCCGCAUCUUCGUGCUAUUUGCCGGUCCCGUUGGGGCUUGGAAGACCGUGAGAGAGCUUGACGGCCGGUACUUUGGUGGGCGGAAGGUUAGGGCGCGAUAUUUUCCUGAGGCUCGCUUCAACCAGUUCGACUUCGAUGCUACGUUGUAAUGGACUGUAGCACAGACUUGGCACAGACCAGGAUAUAAGUAGUGAUGUUUCUAUUGACUUUCUUGGGUAAUAUAUCCGCACACGUCCGCGUCCGCUACGCGGCGCAGCUG